GCCCGCCUUCGCCCAAGGAGACGGCUUUGCUCACCGUGGUGGACGACAUCUCUGAGUGUCAUAAACGUCGUACGGCGUCUGCUACUGGUGGCGAGACGGCAAUGGAGACAGAGGAGGAGCAGGCAGAAGACAGCCUCCCUCCUCCCGAGUGGUCCUCCGUCCUGACAGACGCCAUGCUUACCCUCCCCCUGAGCGCUGCAAUCGACUAUUCCAUGUUCCGUCGUUGCGGUGAGAGGCCGAAAGACUCCGAUGCAUCUACAGACACCGACAAGGCCGAUGCCGAGGACAGCACUGCCUCGACGCCACUAGGUCUGAUCUUGAACGAGCACAAGGAAGAAGAGGGCGAAGGGGAUAGUGAGGACGCUGGUGAAGACGAGGAUAUUCACUUCCCCAUGGAGUUGGACAAUGUUGGGAGUGAGGGCGAGGCGGACGAGGGUCUGACGGAUGAGCAGAUGAUGGCACAAGACGAGGCCCUCGCAGCUGCUUUCAGGGCCGCUCGCGCGCCGAAAUUGGAGGCCAAGUCCAGGAAGGAGACGCUAUCGCUACUCAAAUUGAGAUCCUUCGAUUUCCUCGAGUCUCUCAUUCUCUACUCUCGGGACGCAAACCUAUUUUUGCCCGCUCUGCGCGCAGUCCUCCAUUUUGCCGUGGCCUCAGCCAACAGACAGUCCCGUGCUGUUGACAGCGGUCAGCCAUCGGCAGCGACGCCUGCCCUCCCGAAGUCGGCGGACCUCGUUUCUGCGCCCCGAAUCUACUCUUCCCUGAAGGAGCUGAAGAACAGGCCGGUGGAGAUGAAUGAGGCUCUAGCCGUCUCGUUGGCCAGU